CGACUCCGGAGCUGAGGACGCCGAGCGCGGCCGGCCGCUGCACUUGCUGCCCGGAGCCCUGCGCGCGCUGCCUGCCUUCUUCGCCCCUGCUCGCCGCUGGAGCGGGGAAUAAAGUAGGGAGACGCGCCCGGCCCGCGCGCGGGACACCCGGGGCUGAAAGCCUGUGUGGCCGAGACCUGCUUCCCUCGGGGUCCGCAGCGGCGAGCUCAGCGGUCCUCCGGCUCCGGUGAGCGUCCCCUCGGGGAUGCGCAGCGAGAGCCCCUCUGCGGGCGAAGCCUCCAGGGGCUGCGGGAUGGCAGCCCUCGGGGCCCUGUGAUUCUGCACCCCGUGGGUUCCACCGGCGAGUGCCACCCUGAAGGCGCCCCUAACGGGGACUGGGCUACCUGGCUGAGGAAGGGAAUGGCUUAGGAGCCCCUGGCCCUGUGGCCCAGCGUCGUCUGCUCCCGGACGUCGCGGCAGAAGGGAGGAAGAGGCCUGAGUGGAAGGCGUUGCGAGACAGCGGGGAGGCCCCGGGGGCGCGGGAGCCGCGACGUCUGGAGACUGCUCUACGCCCGCCGGAGACGCGCCGCCCGCGCCCAGGGUGGUGCCAUGUGGGGCGGACGCCGCUCGCCCGCCGCCUCUUCCCGGAGCGCCGCCUCGCCGCUCCUGCAGCUGCUGCUGGCCGCGCUGCUGGCGGCGGGGGCGCGGGCCAGCGGCGAGUACUGCCACGGCUGGCUGAACGCGCAGGGCGACUGGCGCAUCGGCUUCCAGUGCCCCGAGCGCUUCGACGGCGGCGACGCCACCAUCUGCUGCGGCAGCUGCGCGCUGCGCUACUGCUGCUCCAGCGCCGAGGCGCGGCUGGACCAGGGCGGCUGCGACAACGACCGCCAGCAGGGCGCCGGCGAGCCUGGCCGCGCGGACAAAGACGGCCCCGACGGCUCGGCAGUGCCCAUCUACGUGCCGUUCCUCAUCGUGGGCUCCGUGUUUGUCGCCUUUAUCAUCUUGGGCUCCCUGGUGGCAGCCUGCUGCUGCAGGUGUCUGCGGCCUAAGCAGGAGCCCCAGCAGAGCCGGGCGCCGGGGGGCAGCCGCUUGAUGGAGACCAUCCCCAUGAUCCCAAGCGCCAGCACUUCCCGGGGCUCGUCCUCCCGCCAGUCCAGCACGGCCGCCAGCUCCAGCUCCAGCGCCAACUCGGGGGCCCGGGCGCCCCCAACGAGGUCGCAGACCAACUGUUGCCUGCCUGAGGGGACCAUGAACAACGUGUAUGUCAACAUGCCCACGAAUUUCUCCGUGCUGAACUGUCAGCAGGCCACGCAGAUCGUGCCGCACCAGGGGCAGUACCUGCACCCCCCGUACGUGGGGUACACGGUGCAGCACGACUCCGUGCCCAUGACGCCCGUGCCCCCCUUCAUGGAUGGCCUGCAGCCUGGGUACAGGCAGAUCCAGUCCCCCUUCCCCCACACCAGCAGUGAGCAGAAGAUGUACCCAGCAGUGACUGUGUAACUCAGAGUCACUUGCCUUUAUGAGUCCUUUAUGAGACUCAGAGGAAAACAGGGAUGGAUUCUCAAGGUGGAAGUCCACGCGUGUUGGCGGUGAUCACGGCGCUUGGAUGGCUUCGUUUGCCCCGGUGUGUCUGAAUACAUCUUCGAGUUAGCAUUUCCGGGUGCUUCGCCCCAGAGUGUCGUCGAUUUAUGAUGGGAAAACAGCCGCAGCUGGAGAUGCCUGUGUUAUUGCUGAAGAGUAUGUCACAAAUGCUUGAGUUCUAAGUGCCCUUGAGGUGUGGUUGUCAAAAGAAUUUUAUAAACUGAUAGAUGAAGCAUUUUUAUUAUGUCAUUAUUGUUAUUGCCUUUUUUUGUUUGUUUUGGACUGUACAAGAUCAAAAUACCUGUUGUCUCUCUUUUACCUGGGCCAUUGUUUUAAAUAAGCGCCAAGGAUGAGGGGAAAGACGUACAUAAUACAGCUGUGAUGAAAGGAAACCAGUUGGAAAUCUAUGAGAUCAGACAUCAGUCUCAGUAUUCCACAGGCACAUCUUAAUUUCAUUGUAAAAUUAUAUAUAUAUAUAUUUUGUCUAUUUUUGUGCUUUUUUUGGACCUACUUUGUGCUUUUUUACCUUGUGUAGAGAUCCUAUUACAAAGUGUUUUCUACAUUAAAAAGAGACUGAAAGAAAUUGUAUAGUUACUUAACUAAUGAAGACAUUGCAGAAGUCUGGGAUUAUUUUAACCUUGAAGUUGUGGGUGGUGUAGUAAUAAAACCAUUCUUCCCACUCUUGACUAUAUCUUAAUUUUUCUGGCUUGAUGGUGACAUCUGAUAUGUAAUCAGAUGUUUUUUAUAUUGACAUCAGAAACUAUCACCUGCUGCUCUCGGAGUUACUUUUAAUUUUGUCACGUGGUCUGGGUUGGCAUUUCGUUCUGUUUGGUUUUCAGGUCUCCGUGUCUCUGUAGUCCUGAGUGCCAGUGAUCACUGUAGUUACAAAGGAAGAUCAGUAUUUCUGCCUAAGCCUGGUAAAACAGUUUCUUGUUUUAGUUAUAAAAAGUCACAGAAAUGCAUUACAAAGUCUAGCUCCUCAGCCAUAAUCCUGAGACUCGGGAUGAAAUUUAAACCACAGAUACGAUUUGCUUUGAAAGCCAUGAGGCUGUUUACACUCUCGUUACCAAAAUGGUUUAUUUUUCAGGCAACAGAGACUAUUAAAGCAAGAGAACACCUUUUCAAAGAAAUACUGCCGUUCUUCCCCCACACGGUUCUGUUUUCCUCUCUUCUAGGCCUCAACAAGCACUGUAUUCACCGCCAGUGUUCUAAAUUAUCAAAUUCAAGUGAAUUUAUUUGUGUAUUGUUUACUUAUAAAAAGGAUAACUUUAUGUGCAAGUAAAUUUCUGACUGCUAGCAAAACCAAGAGUUUGUAAUUAAAUAAAUCAUUGUAUGGUAUGGUCUUUUACAUAUUUAUAUCUAUAGAUAUCUAUCAUCUUCCUAUCCUUAUCUGUCUCAUGACUGAAUAAUGUAAAACCAUUGUUGGCAACUGGUAUCAACAAAGAUAAUCUUUUUUAAUAACCAAAGGCAGGGGAAAAUCAUUUUACUUAUUAAUAAAAUAUUUUAUGAUGUGAGUUCCUAGGGGAGUUGAAUUUUUUUUUUAAUUUUCAUUGGACUUGAUAAUUUUUCAGAUGGUCUCAUGAGUCUGUUAAUAGAAUAAAAUUGCUAAAAAUCAUAAAUAUUGCUUUCCAGAACCAAGAGCCUACUUUUAAAAAGUGAUCAGUAUCUGGGAAGUUUAUGCACAUGUUCUGUGAAUCAGUGAGUAUUAGUUUACAUAUUCCACGGGAAAUGUUGGCAACACAAAAGAGACAGUUCUUUUAGGAUCAUUAUAUUAUCAAGCGACUGGGUGUCCCCUACAUCAUCUUUGAUGGAAAAUUCCUGCUUAUGUCAGGAAGUAAAAGUCCUAGUACCUUGGAGUUGAAAGCGACCUCAGAGAUCACCCAGUCUAGGGCUUGGCAAACUUUCCAGGAAAGAGCCAGCGAGUAUAUAUUUUAGGCUUUGCUGGCCACGUGGUCUCUAGCAGUGAUUCAGCUCAGCAGAAGUAGCACAAAAGCAGCCAUAGGUGGUGCAGUAACAAAUGAGCAAGGCUGUGUUCCAAUAAAACCUUAUUUAUAGACA